UCUCCUUGGUUCCGCUCCGUGCCACCUUCCCCACUUUAACCAGCGCCGUAUCGCACUCGCACCAAGGCGCCAAGCGCUCUUCUUCCUCAGCUAGCUAGCACAGUGGGCUUGCGCUGCAUUGCCGGUAGAGUGUAGUAGUCCAUGGCGAGCGGCGCCGGGGAGCACUUCCUGAGGCAGCUGAGCGCGACCAACGGGGCCCCGGCGCGGGAGGAGUCGUCGUACGGCGGCGCUGGCGGGAGGAGGAGGGGCUCGAAGCGGUGGUCGAAGAAGAGGCAGGCGGCGGCGGCAGCGAGGGGAUACGGCGGAGGCGGAAAGCAGGGGGAGUCGGCGGCGGCGGGGAGGAAGCGGGUGAUGGUGGUGGUGGACGAGAGCUCGGGGGCGAAGCACGCCAUGAUGUGGGCGCUCACGCACGUCGCCAGCAAGGGGGAUUUCCUCACGCUGCUCCACGUCCUGCCGCACUGCGCCGGUGCCGGAGGGGAUCAGGACGCGGCGGCCCCGGCCUCCCUCGCCAACUCCCUCGGCACGCUCUGCAAGGUUUGCAGGCCUGAGGUGGAGGUUGAAGCGCUUGUGAUCCAAGGUCCCAAGCUGGCCACUGUCCUCAGCCAGGUGAAGAAGCUGGAGGCCUCCGUGCUGGUGCUCAGCCAAAGCAAGCCCUCCCCUCUCUGCUGGCUAAGUUGCUUCCUGCGGAGCAGCAGCGAGGAGUUCGUGGAGCAGUGCAUCAACCAGGCGGCGUGCCUGACGUUGGCGGUGAGGAAGCAGAGCAAGGGCAUGGGCGGGUACCUCAUCAGCACCCGGUGGCAGAAGAACUUCUGGCUCCUGGCUUGAUGAAUCAUCAAAAAGACAAGAUUUUACAAGUUUGCUGCUGAGGCUGUCUAGUUUACUUUCUGCGUGUGUCACCACCAUAUUUUACUCCCUCGUAUAUCCGUCAUUCUGUUUUAACCGAGUAUAAUAAUAAAAAGUAAAAAAAUGUCGGCAGUGUUGUGUGCCACUGCGGUGGAUCGUGCUUCUCCAUUCCGCUGUAAAAUGUAAAGCCCUAAAGAGUCCUAGAUUUGACCCUCCUACACCUGUCCUUCUGUAAGUUUGUAACAUGUACCGUACUGUACCGCCGUGCCGUGUUACAUAAAUGACCGAGUCUGCUGUGAGGUGUUUCUUGCUUUGUUCUCAA